AUGCCAUCAACAUUGGACGAAUUUGAACGAAAUGGUUAUUGCAAUGUUGAUGAAUUUGUUGAUUUUGAACAUCCGAACAGAGUACCAUUCUUUCUUGCUUGUCAAUCUUUGACAAAUUCUGUGAAAACCUUCAGGCCAACUAUUGUCAAUUUGACCUUUACAACAUCGAGGUAUAUUAAGAGAUAUUCCUUGGAUGAAUCGUACAAAAAUUUGUUAAAUCGUUUUUGGUUUAAUCAACAGUGUGAGAAUAGACUUACCUAUGAUGAAUGGCCGAAUAUAGUGCAAGAACUAAUUCGAAAGAUGAAACGAUUCUGUAAGGGAAAUCCUUGGUCCAGAGUUGAGUUUAUUUCAAUUUCUGCCAUUGUAGGAAAAAACUAUUCUAACACUGGAGUUGUCUUUUUUAAUUGGAACGACAUUGUGUUCAAUUUCUUCCCAACUGUUAAAUAUAUGUUAUUCGACUUUCCAUCAAUUAGAAUCUUUAACUUGAACGAGUACAAAAACUCUGGCACUAUUAUAUUUUCAUAUCCAGAAGAUUAUUACAUUACAACUUUGAAACAUGUUGAUAAUAUUUAUUAUUCAUGUAAGAAGGAUAUUGUUCAAACUGAAUCACAACUUCACGAAUUAGCACAUGCAUUUCCAAGUCAUUAUCCGAGGAAUGUUGAACUGUUCCUCUUUAACUCUAUACUUUCUUAUUCAGUUCAAGAAUCGAAUUAUUUAAUUGAUAACUUUGAGUUGAAUAUUAAUUUAUUUUCUUAUAUUUGGAAUGUUCGAGGAUAUAAUGCUGUUGUUAAUAAGACAUAUACAUUGAGAAUUUAA